GUGUGUGUGUGUGUGUGUGUGUGUGUGUGUGUGUGUGUGUGUGUGAUCUUCCACCUUUCAGCGCUUUGCGUUUUUACCUGCAGUGGACAUCACGCACUGUCACGCGUGCACGCGCCCCCUCUCUCCGCGCACGCUCGCGCAUGCACGCAGCAGCAGCAGCACCGAGGGAGCGAUCAAUACACUAAAAGCCCGGAGAGGAUUUUUAACGGGAGCGGAGAAGAGACGCGUCGCGCGGGGCUGGAGGAACCGGAGGAACCGGAGGAAAACGGCAGGAACAAUGAAGCUCGGACGCCAUGUCUAAAGCGACCGUGAAGAAGCUGCACUGGCGCUCGAAGGUGCAGGAGAGCUUCGUCCCGCUGGGCGGCGGCUCUGGAGAGCUGGGUCUGGCCAUCGGGGGUGGGGCAGACUACGGCGAGUUCCCAUUCGUCACAGCGGCCCAUGGGGGCGGGCCCACUGUGGGUGACAUCAUCUUAGAGAUUGGGGGGACGCCCGUGUUAGGGAUGACCCUCGGUGAUGUCAGAGGAGUCCUCAACUCCUGUCCUCAUCCAAUCAGAAUCAAGACGGUCUCUCCAGGUUCGUCCCUUUGUAAGGAUCUCAGGUUGUACCUCAGUAAGUGUUUCACUCCGGGCUCCAUGGACAGUCAGCUGCAGCAGCUCAUCAGAGAGAACCUGUACCUGCGAGCGGUGCCCUGUACGACCCGGCAGCCUCGGGAUGGGGAGAUCUCAGGUGUGGACUACAACUUUGUGUCCAUCGAGGAGUUUUUCUCUCUGGAGGAGUCUGGAGCUCUGCUGGAGAGUGGCAAGUUCAAAGGGAACUACUACGGGACGCCCCGCCCGGUCCACAUCGGUCCAGAGAGUCCACCAAUCACGUACCAGGAACAUCGAAACCUGCUGAGGAACUUCAGGACAAGGAGCAAGUCUCUGAGUAACCUAGAGAAGGCUGUGGAGGAAGGAGACAACAGUGAGGAGGACAGCGGACUGUCAGCGGGUUCAGCCGGAGUCCCGCCCACCAUCCUGCCUCUCAGCCAAUCGUGGGAGUCGGCAGUGGGGAGUCGAGAGGGAACAGAGAAUGGAGGAGGAGGAAGAGGAGCAGGGAGAGGAAGAGGAGGAGGAGGUCCGCUGCCUGAGAACUGGGAGCUGGCGUUCAGUGAUUCAGGAGAACCGUAUUACAUCGAUCAUAACUCAAAGACGACCAGCUGGCUGGAUCCUCGAACUCAGAACAAAGAGACGACUCCCUGUACAGAACUCCCAGAGUUCACGGAGCAGCCCAGCCAGCUGAAGGGUUACUCCAUCCACACUCGGCUCUCUAAAGGUCCUCGAGGUUUCGGCUUCAACAUUGUCGGAGGAAGUCGACCCAGAGAGUUUCUGCAGGUGUACAGCGUCACACCUGGAGGACCGCCGGCUCUCAACACAGCGGACAUCCUGGUCUACAUCAAUGACAGCUGCGUGUUGGGCCGCUCUCAUAAAGAGGUGGUGGAGAUGCUGAAGGCGGUGCCGAUGGGUCAGAGCGUGGACGUGGUGCUGAGGAGAGGAUACCCGAUGCUUUACAACCCCGACGGAUGUCCCAAACAGAGUCUGGAGGCGCAGCCACAGACGCCCAGCGAGCCCCCCAACCCCCCAAAUGUGAACCGCGGCCUGACACACCUCACCUACAGCCGAACACUAGACGCCAACGGCAGCACGCCAGGCCUCAGCCACACCCCGCCCUCCUACGCUGCUCAGCCAAUGACAAACGGGCUGACAGGCCCGCCGACCCCCACUCCCUCUGACCCCCCUCUGGGUCCACCCCCCCUUCCAGAGAGGACAGCAGCCAAUCACAGUGACUCUGAUGGUGGUGUGUCCAACGCUGGAACACGGAGGUCUUCUCUGAUCUGCUACAGCAGCAGCACCCUCCCCGCCCUCUCCUCCUCCUCCCUCCUCCACCAUCAGAGCUCCAAGUCUUCGGAGAGUGACCUGUCGACGUCAGCUCUCCCCAUCUCCUCCUCCACGCUCCCCCACACCUCCUCGUCCUCCCACGCUCUGUCCAAACUGCCCCUCUCUCAGCCAGAGACGGGCCUCCUCCAAAACUCCACCAGCCCCACCACCUCUAACAACCCCACCUCCUCCACCACACCUCCUGGCGCUCCUGUGCAGCGCCCGCCGAUGCCUCAGACCUCCCUCGCCCUGACCCCACCCAGAGACGUCCCGCCCUGUGGCUUUAAUGGCUGUCCAGCCAAUCACCAAGCGCCCUCUCCAGCCUCCAGAGGAAACCCGGGGCUGGUGCUCCCCCUCGGGGCGGGGUCACUAGGGUCGGCUCCUGGUGGAGAGCUCGUACCGGUGGCCCUCGGACGCAGUGAGAGUGGGGGGCUGGGGUUCAGCAUGAUGGCGGGGGGGCAAGGAGGUCAGCUGGCGGUGGUGAGGCGGGUCUGGGAUCGAAGGCACUGCCCGUCGCUGCAGCCGGGGGACGCCGUGGUGAAGAUCAACGGAGCAGACGUACAGAGCCUCAGCUUCUCCCAGGUCCAGAGAGUCCUGCAGGAGCACACCAAACAGGGGGAGGUGGUCCUGCUGGUCUACAGAGGAGGUCCCGUCUCCUCACCAGUCGUCACCCCCAACCUCUAUAAGCCCCUCCCCUCCCCACACGGCCUGGCCACGCCCCCUCCCUCCCAUCCCCCGAUUUCAGCCGACUUGCCUUCCCCGUCCACGGGUGCCUUGCUGGGGGGCGUCCCCCCACUCAGCCAGGCUGGCUUGGUCCUGGAGAGUCCUCAGGAGGGCCACCUCCUGGCCCCGGGGACCCACCAAGGGGCCCCUCCUGCUCAGACGCCUAACGGGCCCCCGAGCUCGGCCCUCAUCCAGAGCACCAGCUUCCUGGACUCAGUUCCUGUGACGCUCACCUUGGAGCCGCGGGAUUUGCUGGGCGUAGAGGAGAGCGCCGGAGGGCCUCCUCCCAUCAGAGGGGGAGGUGGGGGAGGAGCACUGGGAGCAAUAGCCAAGGACGGGAGAGGAGGAGUUAAGACGGUGGAGGUGGAGCUGAGGAGGCGGUCAGGAGAAGGUUUUGGAUUCGUCAUCGCCUCUCAGGAAGUGAGCGGUGGAGCCCCCUCCCUGAUGUCUCACCGGUUCGUGACGGUGCGUCGCGGCAGCCCGGCGGCUCGCAGCGGGCAGAUCCAACCUGGAGACCAGCUGGAGGCGGUGGAGGGCCGAGCGGUCGGAGGUCUGCAGCACCGAGACCUCGCCCAGAUCCUGAGGAGAGCCGGGAACACGCUGAGACUGAGCAUCACGCCACGACACCACUCUUCGUCUCUGUCAGAAGGAGCAGAGCUCGAUAUCGACGGCCGAUUGAUCAAAGGAUCCAGAGGGAGGUCAAAGGACGAGUCCAGGUUCUACAGUGUGGAUCUUGAACGAGGUCCUACAGGUUUCGGCUUCUCUCUGAGGGGGGGCAGCGAGUACAACAUGGGCCUGUACGUACUGGGACUGAUGGACGGGGGGCCAGCUCAACGCAGCAACAAGAUACAGGUAUCCGACCAGCUGGUGGAGAUAAAUGGAGACAGCACGUCAGGGAUGACUCACAGUCAGGCUGUGGAGCAGAUCAGGAGAGGAGGACAUCGAAUCCACCUCGUUCUCAAGAAAGGAAACGGAUACGUGCCCGACUACGGCCCUGAGGAAGGAGCCCUCUCCCCCUCCUCCUCUUCACACACAGAGGAGCAACAUGUGGAUACAGUAACCAUGACAACCGCCUCCCUCAGCCAGCAGAGGGCAGGAGGAAGUGGUACAGGAGGAGGAGAAGGAGGAGGAGAGUGGAGGAGGAGGAGGAGAGAGGGAGAAACCAAACGGAGAACAGGAGGCAGAGGAGGAGGAGGAGGAGGAGGAGGAGGGUUAGGGCCUCCUGAUCUGGACCUGGAUGUCGUAGAGGAGGAGGCACGGCAGGAGGAGGAAGAGGAGGAGAGGAGGAGGGAGGAGGAGCAGAGGAGGAAAAGAAGUCAGACUGUCAGGCAGAAGGAGAAGCGGGACGACCAAAGGGAGAAGGGGAGGAGGAGCAGAAGCUUACCCAGGAUCAGCGCUCGAUCCUGGGACAUGUCGCUGCAGCAGGAGGGGGUGGAGGUGGAGGAGUCCGGCAGAGGGUUGAAGGAGAGGAGGAGGAGGAGCGAGACGAAGAGCAGGAGGAGAGCAACAGAGGCCGACAGGGAGGAGGAGGAGGAGAGGGGAGAGAGGAGGGAGGAGAGACAUGACAGCACCACCCGCCACGCAAAGCAUUCUGGGAGCUCAGGUGCAGCAUUCUCCUUCCUCAUGCCAAUUGAUGACGACGGUGGGCGCCGCCGUCCAUCUGACAGCGAAUCAGCAGCCAGCUUCUCAGAGGUCAGCCUAUCAGCAGCCAGCAUUGCCACGGCAGGAUGGAGAGAGGAUUGGAGGAGAGCCGAAUCACCGUGGCAACAGGGGAACGCCCCCGGCCCCUGGCUGAAGCCGAGCCAGCAGAGACUGACAAAGGUUUUGAUUGGCAAUCGACUCAGUGGGCGGGAACUAUUGGGCGGGCUCUCUCUCUGAUUGGCUCCUGGCGAGGACAUUUUUCAUUCGCUGAAAUUUUUUUUUUUUUUAUGGCUACUUAUAAGGGCUUUUUUGAUUGGCUUGCUGAGAGAAGACCCGCCUCUUCCUGCGUCUUAUUGGAUGACAGCAGACAAUUCUGAUUGGAGGAUGAGGAGCAAGCAGACACUGACUUUUUGAAUGGCUGGUGGGCGGGUUUUGAGGCCUCUGAUUGGCCAGUGACAUAACAGCUGCACACACAGCCGUCGACUUAACCAACUAUGUUAUUUUUAUUUUACCCAUCAUCCCUCAGUGCAUCCUCAGACCUGUAUCACGACGCCAGAUCAGUGUGUUAUCAGCCGUGUCCGGGCUGAACUCAGACUCUCUGGUGUCACGAUGCUGGUGCACAGAUCACCAUGGUAACAACAAGGCUAAAUCACCAUAGUAACAGAUGCUGACAUUCUGCGGAGCAGGUUCACCAACCAAUCGUCAUCAUUACUGGAUCCAGACGUUUUCUAACAAAGAUCAAUAGAUAUUUUUAUUGGUCAGUCGUAUCUGAUGAUCUGAGAUAAAAAAACCCUCAGGUCUCCACUGGUUAGCUAACGUUAGCUUAUGAGUCUCUGUGCUGUUCACCACCACAGGGUCAAGUGAGAGCUAGCUAGCACUCUGCUAAUUUUACGUCCCGCCACUGGGACGGCAACACCCAUUUAGCAUUGUCAACUAUGCUAGCACCAUUAGCUGUGCCGACACUGCUUAUGGUGCUAACAGAGCUAACAGUAGGUAACGAUGCUAACCGGUGUUUAUGGCUCAUUUUUGCUCCACGUUAAAUAUGGAGACAGACACAGCCUUCUGUCCGACUCUGAGUUCCUUUUAUUGUAUUUGUCCACGUUUCCUAAGAGCUUCAGCUCUGCGAUGAACUGAUUAAUGUUUCAUUGUUGGUAUUUCUAGUUAGCAAGUUAGCGGUUAGCUCAGCAGCUGAUCAGGUGAGUCGGCACCAAACUUCUAGAACCAAAUAUUUUGUAAAAUAUACCAGAUUAAUUUUGCAGGUUUGAGCAGAAUGUUUCUCCGUGAAUCCGUCCUGAACGUCUUCCACAAGUCACACUGACCCACAGUGUCACUGUGAUGGAUUAUUGAUCAUUGGAUGUGAUCAGCUGCUCAGCGUCAUGAUACCAGUGAUCAGGAUCAAUAAGACGAAGUGAUACAGGCUCUGCUCCUCUCUGUUUGUGACAUCAUCAUCAUCAUCCUCAUCCUCAUCCUCAUCAUCAUCGUCUCUCAAACUUUGAACUCGUAUGCAAACAACAUGAGAACCUUUGUGUGUAAUCUGAGCAUGUGAAUAUCUCCGGAAUGAUUUUUUAUUUUUAUAAACAUAAAAAUAAAGGCUCAAUGACGUUAAUAUUAAUAUCAUUAUUA